GAAAAAAAUAUUGUUAUGGAUAUUGCAACAGGUCCUGAGUCCCUGCAGCGGCGCCUCUGCGCGGGAAAAGGCUCCCGGUGUUCAGACAUGCUGGACGGAAUCAAAAUCGAAGACCAUCCGCUGCGGACAGGCCAGGCUGCGCUCGGAGUCAUGCUGGGGCCGGAGUGCCAUCAUCAUCAUCACCAGGCGGUGUGUGAGGGCUGCCAGCGGCCCAUAUCUGACCGCUUCCUCAUGCGCGUGAACGAGGCCUCGUGGCAUGAGGAGUGUCUGCAGUGCGCUGUGUGUCAGCAGCCGCUCACCACCAGCUGCUAUCUGCGCGAGAGGAAGCUCUACUGCAAACACGACUACCAACAGUUAUUUGCCACUAAAUGCAGUGGAUGCCUGGAGAAGAUCGCACCCACAGAGUUUGUGAUGCGAGCGCUGGAGUAUGUGUACCACCUGAAUUGCUUCUGCUGCUGUGUGUGUGACCGGCAGCUGCGCAAAGGUGACGAGUUUGUGCUGAAGGAUGGUCAGCUGCUGUGUAAGAGCGACUAUGAGAAGGAGAAAGACCUGCUUGGCUCUGUCAGUCCAGAUGACUCUGAGUCAGAGAAGAGUGAGGACGAGGAGCUAGAUAUCAAGCCGGAGAAAUGCUCCGGAGGCCCAGGCAAAGGGGACGAUGGGAAGGACCCGAGGAGACCCAAGCGUCCCCGCACCAUCCUCACCACGCAGCAGAGACGUGCCUUCAAAGCUUCGUUUGAGGUGUCCUCCAAACCCUGCCGGAAGGUAAGAGAGACCCUGGCUGCUGAGACGGGCCUAAGCGUACGUGUGGUUCAAGUAUGGUUCCAGAACCAGAGAGCUAAGAUGAAGAAGUUGGCGCGAAGACAGCAGCAGCAACAGGAGCAACAGAACUCCCAAAGGCUGGGCCAAGAGGUGAUGUCCAAUAGGAUGGAGAGCAUGAUGAACUCCUACACACCACUGGCCCCUGCCCAGCAGCAGAUGGUUGCCAUGGAGAACGGCUACACGGCCGACCCCUUCCAGCAGGGCCUCACCCCUCCUCAGAUGCCCGGCGACCACAUGAACCCAUAUGGAAAUGACUCUGUAUUCCAUGAUAUUGACAGCGACACCUCUUUGACCAGCCUCAGCGACUGCUUCAUGGCUUCUUCUGAAGCAGGUUCCCUGCAGGCACGCGUGGGAAACCCCAUCGACCGACUCUACUCCAUGCAAAGCUCUUAUUUUGCCUCAUGAAAACCAACAUGGAUGGGGACAAGCAGGAGUGUGUUAAGUCACUGCUCCCUUCAGUAAAUGCCUCAGAACCAUGAACUCCCAGCAAAGCUUAAGAAAACAAUGGACAAAAGGCCAAAACCGGGCCCAGAAUAUAUAAAAACACAGAACUCGAAGACAAGCAGUCCUCGUUACUAAGUAGUGAAAAAUGCAGCUCAGGAAAGCCGGUUUUCUGAAGCUGACAGACUUUUUCUAGCUAUCUGUAGAUUGUUUGUACAUGACUUUCACCGAAGUAGCACUCGACUCUUCGACAUCCACUUGUGGAAAAGAAAAAGAGUAUUGAUGUACAGUUGAAAGCCACUGAAGCCACAAACCUCAGUCCACAGCGUCCUGCCAAGGAAGGCUGAAGAUCAAGACACAAAUCUCACAAUGCAUGAGCCCAUAUUCUUUGUGAACAUGACAUUGAAAAGAAAAAUCUUUAGAUAAUAGAUGAAAAAAAAUCUUGUGUUGUCGAGAUGUUUAAAUGUGAUGUUUGGACUCUCAUAAUUUCUCUUUUCAUUAUGUUCAGCAUUGCGUUUUUCUCACUUUAAUAGGUUUAGAUUUGAAAGUGGAUUUAGACACAGUAGAUGGAGGAGGAAUGUAUAGUGUAAGUGUAUUUGCUCUGUGUGUGUGUGUGUGUGGGGGGGGGGGGGUGCGUGUGUGAGCGUGUGUAUGAAAUAGGUGUGUGGAUGUAAGAGUGUGUGUGUAGUCAACUCUCUCCGCAUGUGUAUAUGCUUCAGUGCGUUCUAGUUUGAAAGAUGGAAAGAGAUGGACAGCGUGAGCUCUAUCCUUGUGUAAAUAUAUAUGUUUCCCGAACAAAUCAGUUGUGCAUGUUCAAAUGGAGAUCAUUCUAUUUAUUUAACUAAAACAUGCUCUUGAAGGUACUUAAUAACUGAAAAGCUUUAUUUAAAAAGGAGAAAACCAUGUCAAGCAGUUAAAAGCAUUAUCAUAGUUCACUUGUAUGUCAUUUAAUUAUGAAAUAUAUCCCCUUUUCCAGCUAUGAUGUACAUCAGCAAAUGUGUGCUAUUUAUUUGUUACAAACCCGGAACGGUGUCAAAAAAAAGCAUUUCCAAAUGUGAAGACUGCUAAAUUACCAAAGUUUGUUGGUACGAUGAAUAAACUCCAUUUCUCCUGAUUUGAAUUUCCUUUAUGAUUAAA